AUGUCUGCAGUGCUCGGCUUCCCCCGUAUUGAGUACGUCUUUGUCGCUCGAACUAGCCGCCUUCAACGUAGACGGAGCGUGAGGAGCCAUCGUCCGGGAGCGUCGGGUUCGUCGUUACGCUCAUCGUUCACGGACCGUCUCGGCGUGAAUUUUUGUCUGGAUCGGGACGAGUGGGAUCAUUUGCGCUUUAGUCCGAUGCAGUCCACACUGGGCCAAGACACGUGCCGGGCGUACGGCAUGCCGGCGGACCGUUCUACGGGAAUCUUGGUGGACGAGCAAGGGGCGCACCGGGAUUCCACCGCGGUACUCCGUAUGCUACCGUAUCUCGGAUUCCCGUACAAUAUCCUGGGUCCGAUCGGGUUGUGGUUGGUACCGACAAUGAUCCGGGAUGCCGCGUUCCGGGCCUUUACCAAGCGUCGUGGAACAAUUUGGAAAGGAAUUCGACGAAUCAUGGGGUGGCCUGUCGAUGUCACUCGACUCGAAGCCUACCGCGAUCGGAUUCUGGGUCUCGAAGAACCACUGGAUCCAGCUUGGGGCUUUGACACUGCGACGGCGUCGGGGUCGGAAGACCAUUCCCUUUAGAAGAAUGUGAAUUGGAUGGAUAAAUGAAUGAAUGAGUGACAACACACGGGUCGGAGGGUUUGUGAAACUAAUGCAAUGAUUCCUAGAGAAUGAACUCGUUUGCCUGUACCGCCUCUUUGGGGCUGGACGCAAAAGAGCGAUCCGUCUGGAUUAUUGGCACACUUCCCUUGCGCGACUGCGACGGCCAUGAUCAAAUUUUAUUCGGUUAAACUAAAGAUGUGACGUU